UUUUUUUUCAUUUCGUAUUUCUGCUUCUCUUCCUCUUCUUCUGUCUUAUUAUGCCUUUGCUUGAAGAAAUUAGGGUUCUUAUUUGAAAUGUUUUUUUUUUUUUUUUUAAUGAUUUGGGAAAUCAAGAUUUUAGGCAAUGCCUUUUGAAAAUGGGUUGGUUUACGGAUUUCAGGAAGGGGUACAUUAUUGUUUUGGUUUUUGUUUGGGGAGAUUCUAGUUUUAUUUGGUUUUUUUUUUUUUUCUUGGUACAGAUUCAAACCCGAGAAUUAGCUUCUUAUGCUUGUGUUGGUUCAAGUUUUUUGUUGGUUAAUACGUGGGUCUGAAUGAUUUGUCCUAUAGGAAUCUUAUGAUCUUCCUUUCAUGCGCACGCAUACAACUCUGAGCGAAUGCCUUUGUUGUAUGGGGACAUCCGUGGAUCUUCUUUCUUCCAGCAUUGACCCUGAUGUAAAAACUAGGGAUUGAGACGUUUGGCAUCUGUUAUUGUGAUUCAAGCACAUUGAUUAGACGUGUAAAGCCAUGAUGUUUAACUCUCUGCAAAUGGAGACAAAAUAGGGUCUUGGCGCUUUGGGUCAUCUUGGGAUUUCUGGAUUUUAAAUAUGUUUAAUGUGGAAUGUUUUCUUAAUAUCUGUACGUAAAUUAGUGGAUUGACCCAUCAAUCUUUAGAGGCUUAGUGCUAAAGUCAUGGGAAACGGCUCCCAUUCACUUCUACUCCUUGAUUGGCAGACUGAGAGGGGAAUUAUCAUCCCCAUCUUCUUCCAAAGGCAAUCAUUGGACUUUUUUGGAGACAGGCUGAAAACUCACACCCCGAUCAUGGGGCUCCUUUUACUUCAAUUAGGAGAGUUGAGCUCAGAAGUACCAAGCAAGAGCAGAGGCAGGAGCAGGGUGGAAGUAAGGCUGAACGCUGAAGAGUAGCACCUCACCUUACCUAACGGUACCUUAACCUGUUUCACUUUUUUGGAAGGCCAGACUGGCAUUUGACAUAGAAAAUUCUGGAGAGCUUGCAGAAGUGGCAGGAAGGAGGGGGUGGACUUGGCUAACCUACUAUCUCUGAUCACACUGAAGCAUAUUAGGUAACUUUUUAAAAGGCCAACAAACCAGAAGGCUAUCAAUCAUUUUAACAUGGUUCUAUAGAGUGACAAUUUCUGCAAAGGCUGGAAGAUGGCAUUUUAUUCUGAGGAUGAACAAACUGAAGAUUAUCUUUUUAAGAUUGUCUUAAUUGGCGAUUCAGCAGUUGGGAAAUCAAACUUGCUUGCAAGAUUUGCGAGAGAUGAGUUUUACCCUAAUUCCAAAUCAACUAUAGGAGUAGAGUUCCAAACCCAGAAGAUGGAUAUCAAUGGGAAGGAAGUUAAAGCACAGAUCUGGGACACUGCAGGUCAGGAGCGGUUCAGGGCUGUGACAUCUGCCUAUUACAGGGGAGCAGUUGGAGCUCUUCUGGUGUAUGACAUCAGUAGACGGCAGACAUUCGAUAGCAUUGGCAGAUGGCUUAAUGAACUCCACACUCAUUCGGACAUGAAUGUGGUUACAAUCCUUGUUGGCAACAAGUCUGAUCUCAAGGAUGCCAGGGAGGUGACCACAGCUGAAGGCAAGGCUUUAGCAGAGGCACAGGGUUUGUUCUUCAUGGAAACCUCAGCUCUUGAUUCAUCCAAUGUAUCUGCUGCCUUUCAGACAGUUGUUCGGGAGAUUUACAAUAUAUUAAGCCGGAAAGUUAUGCAAUCUCAAGAACUCAGAAAGCAUGAUACUGUGUCGUUGGGGAAUGGAAAGACUGUGGUUAUACAGGGAGAGGGCAACCGUGAAGCAGAUGUGGAACCUAGUAAGGGUUGGUGCUGUUCGUCUUAAAGCCUGGGUCGAUCAUAUCCUUGCUGUUUUCCCAAACGAAGUCCAGAUAUAUCUUCCUUCCCCAUGCAUUGAAUUUCUUGCCAUUGUUGAAAUGUGGAUUUGAAAUUACAUUUGUUUGUCGACUUUCUGGGAUAAUGGUGGUUGGAGAAGAGAAACUGGAGUAGAAAGUGUAAAUGACUUGAUGGGAAUUUUUAAGGAAAAAAGAUUAUGAUAUAUAUAUAAUGUUGAAAAUUUUGCUUGGCAA